AAAUUAGGAUAAAUACAGGCUGCGCCAGAAUUCGCGCCCCAGAGAAAAGUGCCAUAUAAGUACUAGUGGUAAUCCCCGAAGCCAUGGCUGUCUUGACUAAAGGCGAACAACAACUUCUAAAAUACGCUACAUUUUUAGGAGUUUUGCAAGGUCUUACAUAUGCAAUUCUUUCUUUAAUAUGCAUAAUUCUGUAUCACCAAGAAAAUAUCGACGCCCAUGAUAUUGAAACAUAUAUGGAUACUGUUAGUUACUACUUGUACAUGAUUUUCUUAAAUUCACAAGGCGAUUCAAAAUUAUUUAAAAACCAAACAAUGAGUCCUGAAAUAUUUACAAUUUUUGCUUGGAUCUAUUUCUCCUUAAACUUGUUCUGGAUGGGGUUUUCUUUUGAUAUUUCUCAACAAAACCAUCAAAAAAUUGCACAAAAAGCAAAGAAUUGGGGUGGUAUCACAAUAAUAAUUUGCUUGCUUGAUUUUAUCACUGUCGUUAUCUUUGGUGCCGAUUACGGAAAAUGUUUAAGUGCAGCUAAUGACAAUUAUUAUAAUAAAACGCAGCUGCAAGAAGUAUGUGCAAAUGGAUUCCUUCCGGCGCUUGUUAUCACAGCAAAAGGCUUCACUUUGUGGUUUGUUAACGCGAUUUUUGCGAGAAAAGUACUCAAGUUGAGUAAAAAAUUGAGACAGAGACAAGCAACAGUUUUCGUGCAACCAACUCCUCAAACUAGCCCUCCAGUUGGAUUUCUAACUCCUCAACCGGUGGUUCAAAAUCCGUACAUUCCCCAACCUCAACAUCCUCAAAAUGUGAACAAAAAUCAGUUUGUGUACCCAAAUUUUCAUAUUCCAGAGCCGGAUUAUCACCACCAGCAAAAUUUGCAACCGCAAAUGAGGAGGUAUUGAGGAAAGUUUUACCCCAUUAGUGUUUUUUAGUCAAAUAAAAUAUUUAGUGUCA